UAUUUUAUUUCAUGAAACUGCUACUUUUUUCAAAUUUUAUUAGUAUAAUCAAAGAUCACGAUGUUUAAAAAUAGCUACUUAUUCUAAAAACUGAUAUUAACAAGGCUGAUAUUAGGAAGAUAGUAUACAUGACAUAUAGCAGCAGUGCGGAUACCAUUUCAUUGAGGCCCUUGCAAGAAGGAUCACGAUCAUCGGCUCAAGGACAUGCCGUAAAGUCCACGAGAUUCAGAAUUUCAUAACCUACAUGAAAUCAGAUGAAUGCCGAAGGGUGACAUCACGAGUGAAAUAUGAAACCUGUUCUCUGAUAAUCUCAUACAAUGAUUGAGUCUCACUUGUUUUUGCAAGCAAAAUGGCAGGAACUAAUGGAUUGCGGCAGUUUCUGAUUCUGCUUUACAAAGGAUUAUUACUACGAAAACGACAUUAUUUUAUGACUUUUACAGAAAUUGUCAUUCCUAUCAUUAUUGCCUGUAUACCAGCCAUGAUAGUAUCAGAAAGUUCAUAUCCACAAAAUGUAAGAUCAGAUAGAAUGCAAGACAAAUCUGCUUGGAUUAGUUACUCUACAUAUGAGCCUUUUGAUCCUUUUACUAUUUAUCAGCGUCGAAAUAAGAGUGUGGAGUUUGUGUAUACACCACCAAAUGAUAUUACCGAUAAAUUUAUGAAUGAUUCAGUGGGCAUGUUUGCUGCCAAAGUUUAUGGUUAUAGAUAUAAGAACGAUUUCAUUUCAAAUAGUGUGACCACUGAAAAAGAAUUGGAGAUUUACUGUAUUUCUAAACAAAAGAAAAAUCCUUCCAUUACUGUAAUUGGAACUGUAUUCAACAAUUUUAACGAUAAAUUACCUGCAAGCUUAGAUUACAAGCUUCGUUUCAGUAAUGGAUAUUACUCUGUCGACUUCAAAACACAAAUGAAAUAUUGGAUGAAUGGAUAUCCUAAUUACUAUAAUGCUUAUACAGAUUCAUUUUUUCUUGGAUGGCAAGCUUGUGUUGAACAAACAUUUAUCAAUAAAAAAAUGGAAGAGCAAGGAAAAAAUAUUGACUACCAUGUUUGGAUGCAAAAAUUUCCUUAUCCUGAGCAUAGGAGUGAUUCAAGUAGUGUUAAUAUAAUUAAUAUUGUUUCUUGGUGCAUUGCUUAUGGACUUUUGUUUUUUGUAAUGAAUAUCGUUAGAAGAGUUAUUGAGGAAAAAGCAAAUGGAUCAAAAGAGCUCUUGAAGAUGAUGGGAAUGACAGAUUUUACAUACUGGACAAGCACAUUUGCGAACUAUUUCACAGUUGGAUUUAUCAUCUUUUUGAUUAUUACAAUUGUUUUUAAAGCACCACUGAAGAAUAAAAUAAUUUACUUGGAACAUUCAAAUUUUAUGCUAGUCCUUAUUAUUCACUUAUUAUUUAUAGCCAGUCUUAUAUUAUUUUGCAUGGCAUUCAGUGUAUUUUUUAACAGAGCUAUAUUUGCAAUCAUUGCCAUGCUUGUCAUUUACAUCCUUUCAUUUACUCUUCUCAUGGUUCAGUUUUUCUUUAUGGAUAAAUCAUUAAAUUUUAUGGCAAUAUCUGUAGCUGCUAAAUUAACAAUGUGUCUGUUACCAACUGGUUCUUUGCUGACUGUUUAUCAUUUGAUUGACAGAUAUGAAGGCAUGGAGAAGGGCAUUCAGUGGAAUAAUCUAACUGAAUAUCUGAUAUAUUCUGAUUUGAAUUUGCUUAUGGUCAUCAUGAUGAUGUUUUUCUCCUGUAUUUUGUAUGUUAUUUUCAUCUGGUACUUUGAUGCAGUUUGGCCAUGGCAACCUGGUGUUCCCAAACCAUUUUAUUUCUUUUUAAUGAAAAGUUAUUGGUUUGGUGCUGAACCAGAAAAAGAAUACGAUAUAUUCAAAAAUGAGAGCAGUUCUGAUUUUUUUGAAAUGGAACCUAACAUGACAAUAGGUGUUAUGGUCAAGAAUUUAUCAAAGGAAUUCCGAACUGGGUUAGUGUCAAAGUUGGCUGUAAAUAAUGUAUCUUUAAACAUCUAUGAAGGUCAGAUUACUGCUCUUCUUGGUCAUAAUGGAGCUGGAAAAACAACUACUAUAAAUAUUCUUACUGGUCUUUACACUCCCACCAGUGGAACAGCUUCUAUAAAUGGUCGGGACAUUUUAAGACAAACAACUGCGGCUCGCAGAGGUCUUGGUGUUUGCCCACAACACAAUGUUCUUUAUGAUACACUUACAGUUGAGGAACACUUGAAGAUAUAUGCUGCAAUGAAAGGUGUCCCGUGGAGACAAUUAACAUCUGAGGCAACUCAAGUGUUGAAUAUUCUGAAGUUGACUGACAAAAGGAAUGAGCUUGUAAAGACUUUAUCCGGUGGAAUGAAACGAAAAUUAAGUUUGGCGAUUGCUAUAGUUGGUGGAUCUAAGGUGUUAUUUUUGGAUGAACCAACUUCUGGUAUGGAUGUUGAAGCUAGGCGAAGUGUAUGGGAUGCUUUGCUUGAAAUAAGACAUAAUCGUACUAUAAUUUUGACUACACAUUAUAUGGAGGAGGCAGAUAUUCUUGGUGAUCGAAUAGCCAUUAUGGCAGAAGGAGAGAUACAAUGCUGUGGAUCGCCCAUGUUUCUCAAACAGAAAUUUGGCACUGGAUAUCAUCUGCAUGUUGUAAAACAUAACAAUUUUAAUUUGGAUGGUUUGUCCAACCUCCUAAAGAAAUAUAUUCCUGAAGCCAGCCUUGACAAUGAACUUGAGAAAGAAAUCUCUUUUAGUCUAUCGACUGAUACUGGUAGUGGGUUUGGAGAAAUGUUUGAGGAGUUAGAGAAACAAAAGGAAAAACUUGGUGUUCUUUCUUUUGGAAUAACCAUAACAACUAUGGAAGACGUUUUCUUAAAUGUUGCUAACAUAUCGGACAUAAAAUAUAGAAUUCGAUCUAAUAGUGGGAAACAAAAUGGUGCUAAUAUAGAAUUUGAAGAUGUGUAUGGAGAUUUUACUUCAUUCAAACCUCAUCCCCGAAUUAUAAACCAGUUUUUAGGGCUAUUCAUGAAGUGCUUCCAUUAUUCUAAGCGGCACUGGAGUGUUGUCUCAACUCAGUUUGCUAUGCCAUUCCUUCUUAUGUGUUUGUGCAUUUAUCUCUCAGUGUACAUAGCUGGUUCAUCCAAUUCUAGUUAUGAUCCAUUGAAACUUGAUAUCAGCUCUGUCUAUGGUAAAACUGACGGAUUUUACUACAGUAAUAAACCACAACUUUCUAAGUUGGCUGACAAUCUGAAAAAUGUUUUUGAAUCAAAUCAGAUUAGUGCCGAGGAAGUUCCUGAAGCGACACAUUAUGUCCUGAAAUAUGGCAAAGACAAUUUUGUUAAGUACUUAAAAAAUCUAAUUGUAGGAGGAGCCAUAGAUCAGUAUUCUAAUAAAACCCUGAAUUUAACAGCUUGGUAUAAUGGACAACCCUACCAUAGUACACCAAUGGCUCUUUCGCUAAUGCAUUCUGCUUUGCUGCAGAAUAUCACCAAUGAUGGCAGUAUUUCACUGACAAAUGCACCAAUUCCAAAGGCACGUUUCUACGACGAUUCUUCCACAACCAAAAUAAUGGCUGCAAUUUUUGCACCACUAAGUUUUGCUUUCCUAUCUGCUGGCUUUAUUCUGUUACCAAUACAUGAAAGAGCUACUAAAGCAAAAUUGCUACAGCUUAUGAGUGGAGUACCUACAGCGAUUUACUGGAUGGCAAUGUUUCUAUGGGACUUUUUAGUACAUUUUGUUAUUUGCAUAUCGUUGAUCAUUCCUUUCGCUAUUUUUGCUCACUAUGCUUUCUUUGGAGUAAAUUCAAAUGCAAUCGGUAUGUCUUUUCUUUUGAUGCUAUUAUAUGGCUGGGCAUCAAUACCAUUUGGAUAUGUAUUUUCGUUUUUGUUCAAAAAAGGAAGUGCUGGGUACACUGUUAUUGUAGGACUAUGUGCUAUGAUUGGUGUUGGCUGUGGAUCAUCUCUCAUUGCCGUUUUGCUUAAUUCAACAUCUGAAGACAAUAAAAUGGUACAAAAAAUUAAUCCCUUCAUCUGGAUACUUCGCACUUUUUUCCCAACUUUCAGUUUAUCAUAUGGAUUUGGAAAUCUGUUUGGGAUUGCUUUUCAAAACUCAUUUUGUGACAGUUUUCCCUCUACGGAACUCGACCUUUAUUGCAGUUUACCUACCAUGGACGAAAGGGAUACAUUAUUCAAAUGCUGCAAAAAGAUUUGCAAAGAUAAGUGCCUGAUAAAAUCAAGUUUCCUCAGUUGGGACAUGCAUGCUUGUGGCCGAGAUGCCCUUUUCCUUUGCAUCCAUGGUUUCCUUUUUUUCGGUCUUGUACUUUUGUUCGAAACCAAGAUAAUGUCUGCUUUGCUUCGGAUCAUAAGACUCCGUUGGCGCCAGAUGAGGCACCGAAAUCUUCAGAUUAUCCAGGAAAAUGUCAUUGAAGAUUCAGAUGUUCUUCAAGAGGAAGAAAGGGUCCGAAGCCUGAUUCCAACUCAGACUGGAUCUGGCCGCGAGGCUCUGGUCGUCUCAGAAUUGACAAAACUUUAUAAGAAUUUUUAUGCCGUGGAUCGUUUGGCUUUCGGAAUUCACGAACAGGAAUGCUUCGGUCUCCUUGGAGUAAAUGGUGCUGGAAAAACUACGACAUUUAGAAUGCUGACUGGCGACUGCUAUCCAUCUGCGGGGAAUGCUUUUAUUCAGAAUAACUCGUUAAUGAUGAAUUUGAAAAAGUUUCAGUCUUACCUUGGUUAUUGUCCACAAUUUGAUGCAUUGCUUGAUCUUCUAACUGGUCGAGAAAUGCUGACUUUAUUUGGUCAACUGAGAGGUUUGACUAGUUUUGAUUUGAAAGAAAAAGUAGAGAAGUUAAUCAAAAUGACUGACCUCACUAAGCAUGCUGAUAAACAAUCUCGAUUUUACAGUGGUGGGAACAAGAGGAAAUUAUCUGUUGCAAUAGCUCUUAUCGGAGCACCUCCUCUCAUCUUAUUAGAUGAGCCAACUGCCGGAGUGGACCCUGUGUCUCGGCGAAAGAUUUGGAAUAUUCUUGCACAAGCUCGGAGAAAUACUGGUGCUGCCAUUAUACUUACUACUCAUAGCAUGGAAGAAAGUGAAGCUUUAUGUAAUCGACUGGCUAUCAUGGUAAAUGGUCGUUUCCGAUGCCUUGGUUCUAUUCAACACCUGAAAUCCAAAUAUGGUCAAGGUUAUACAUUAAUUAUCAAAAUGAAAAGGGAGGAUCAAGAAAACCAAGACAGGAUUAAUACUAUUAAAUGCAAUGUUCAAAGUAAGCUACCUGGAGCAAAUUUAAAAGAUGAUCACCAGGGUAUGCUUCAGUACCAUAUUGUGGAUCCAUCUGUCACUUUGAGUCGUCUGUUCAAAUUCAUGUCACAGAUGAAAGUGCAGUUUGAAUUGGAAGAUUAUUUAAUCAGUGACACCUCUCUAGAGCAAAUAUUUUUAACUUUUGCUCGCGCACAAAGAGCUUCAGAGUAAAGUGCCUUAUCUGUUGUAACAAAAUCAGGGAUAUGUAGAUAUAGAAUUGUCUAUUUAUGAAAAAGUUUUGAAUUUUAAUGCAACAAUGCAUUUUUCUGUUUCUGUAGUUUAUUACAGAAAGUUUUAUUCUUAAUCUUUUUUUAGCUUAUCGAUUUUUUGGCAGCAUUAAAUGAGUUUUAUUUUCGUUAUUUUCAGUUUGAAAAUAAUUUAAUUUGUGAAAAUAAGAUAAUUAUUUAUUUUGUAAAAAUAUUGUUUUUCUUGAAUGAAUUAAUUAGUUGAACGCAAUUGUUAAUUAGCAGUUAUUUUUCUCAAAUAAUAAAAUUUUAUUAUUUUAAUUUACUACAAAAUCACUAUAAUAAAUUUAUAAAGAUAAAAUUAUAAUUUUAUCUGUAUACUCAUCGCAUUUCUUUUGUUAAAUGUGCUAAUAAGCGCCAGCUGUGAUGUUGAUUAUUACUUGCAAGAAUUUGAUUGAGAUUUCAAAUUUGAUUCUUUUCCAAAUUGUGUUAGGAUCAAACAUCAUCUGCAUCAUAUAAAAUGUAUGAAAGCAAAUUUGUUUUUUUAUUAUUGAAUCAUUCCUCAGUUAAAAAUUCUAAUGUUGUAGGAUGCCACUUCUGCUUCUAAUAUGUUUUUAGUAUUUAGUUUUCUAUUCUUAAACCAGGUCUACAUUUGGACAAAUACUCGGGUCAUUUCAAAUUUAUGUGAUUCCAGUGAGAUAUGGCACUUCCAAACAUGCUCAUAAGCAUCUUUUGUUACAUAUUAGUUUAUUGGCAUGAUUGAUUUUUCUGAUGUUAUCUUAUUGAGAUAAAUUUUCAUAUAGCCAGUAUUUAUAAGGAUAAACCAAAUUAUUAUGUAACCAAACUUCCAUGUAAUCAUUAAAAUUUGCUAAUGAUUUUAUUCUAGUCGAAUUGUGAUUUGCUACAUUUUUUUGUUACAUUUGAUGUAUAAACAUUUUCGAAUUGUGUAAUGUAUAUAUUAUUAUUAUUUUCCUUAAUUUACCUAUUUUUUUAGUGUGUUUAAGAAAUCAUAAGUGACGCUAUAUGUUUGUUGAUGGUUAAAAUUUUAGAUUAUUAUUCAUGUUAUGCUUAUAUUGAUUGUGAUAAUUUCUUGUUAUGUGUGAUGUAAAGAAAAAAUAUUUUUCAUGUUUGAGAUUAGCAAAUAUUUUUGAAAGUAUUAGUGAGAAAUAUUUCUUCCUGUGAUAUGAAAUUUCUCACUGUUGGUUGAAAGUACUUAGAAAUUGAUUAAAUUUGCUCUUAGCUAUCGACAAGAAGCAGUGAAUAAAAUUAAACUGGAGCUUUGAAUUCUUAUGUGAGCUGAAAUUUAGAUUCUUAAAUAAAAAGAAUAUGUGUAUAAAUAUAUAAUUUCUUAUUUCCUUUAAUUCACUUUAAUAUUUAAUCAUCUAUUCCAUUUUCCCUCUGCCAGGAAUUAAGAACGUAUUUGCCCUUCAUUAAUUGAAUUAUUUACAUUUUAUAGCUACCCUCAUUUUUUUGUAAUAUUGUCUUGUAUCACAGUAGUCACAGCACAGUAGUUUUUGUUAUUAUUAAAAAUUAUCAGGAAUUUUUAAAAAAAAUCAGAAUUUAUAUUAUAUAUGGGUACAUAAUAGUAAAAUAUGAAAAUUCAUAAUUGUAUUUUUUCUCUGAAGUUUUCAUCUGAUAAUGAUCAAACUACAUUUCUUCUAAUAUUAGAAAGAGAUUAUGUGGACGAAAGUAUAUUUUCAUAAUGUAUUUUUUAACUUUCAUUAGAGUAGUUAUCAUUGUAAAUAUGGAAAAAUUAUAAAAUUCUGGCGCAUUUUUCGAAAAGCAAUAAAAAAAGUACUUUAGUGAAAGAAAAAAAUCUUGAUUAUAACGAUUAUUAAAUAAGGAUUAGUACAUAUUAUAAAAUAUUUUGUUGAGAAACAAACAUUUUUUAAUGUGAUAUUUUCAUACACUUUUAAAUGCUUUUGAUAAAUCAUUUUAUUGUGCUGUAAACUUAUCUGUAAAUAUCUAGUUUUAAACUGUAAACAUAAUAUAAUAUUAGCAUUUGGUAUAAAUUAAUAUAAAGUGCCCUUUCGCUUACUAAAAGUUUUAUUGCAUUUAAAAGCAAUGUAAUGAUGCUGAAGUGAACAGGACUUGACAAAGCUUUAAUAACUAUUGACUUAUUUGUCCAACAAACAUAAGCCAAAUUUACGUAUAUUAUAGAAAUUAUUAGAAAGUGUGCAAACUAUCCAAAAAAAAAUCAUUUAUCUAUUUUGAGAGCAUAAAAAAAUUAUGCUAUUAUACUUAAAUGAUGCAAAAUAUAAUUUAAAACUCUAUUACUUAAAUUCCAUUAAGGUAUUUAAAAUUCAAAUAUGAUGACUUCUUUCCUUAACACUUCCCACUUGCUUCUUUUAAAAACGCGAGUUAUUAGAAAUAAUAUUGAAUUAUUGAUAACUUCCUAUACUUAAUAUUGAAUAAUCUUGAAGUUUCAAAUACUCUUAAAAAUUUGAAAAUAUGAUAUCAAAAAAUUUUAGCAUUUUUUCCCCUAGCAUUUUGCGAUAAAUGAAUCGAAGAUAUUAAUUUUUAAAUACUUAGUUUAUGCACUGAACGAUAAAAAAUUUAUAAAUUUUGAUAUUUAUAAAAUUUUACAAAGAAAUUUUUAACGGAUAAAUUUUAUGGGGCAGGGCAUAAGGUAUUUUUUACAAUCAACCUUUUAAGGCAUUUCGUUAACCCUUUGAGGCAUAGUGGCUUCGUUUGAGUCCACAGAGCCUUUUAUUUUUACUCAGCUGUUUGUGUCGCUAAUAUUUACUACAGUGACUUCAAAUAAGCAGUUCACUAACUUGUAUGAGAAUGUUAAGGAAAAUUAAUAAAUUGUUAUUUUCAUUUCCUUAUUGUGUAUUUCAUGUAAUUUAAUCAAUUUGCACCUGCAAUUCAGUAGUUUUAUGUUCUGUGUCUCAAAGAGUUAAGCGAGAUAAUUUUUUUUUUGUUGGUUUGAUACAUAAGUUUUUCAUUCCAAAUUUAUGUGUUUGUGUUUACAAAAUAUCUGCUAAGAGUUAAUGGCUUCUUCACUUUAAAAUACUUUUUCCAGUAUUUAUUGUUAUCAAGUGUUUCUGUAUUGUUUGGAUUUAUUUCACUUCCUAAUUUAUUUCAUUCUUAAUUUUAUAUCACUUACUUUUUUUCCACUUGCAUAUUCUUUAAAUAUCAAGAUCAUUUAAAACUUUUUGUGUCUUUAAAAUUUUUUAUUUAUUUUAUGUUUAGUGUGCAUUCUUUGUUCCUACAUUUAAUAGUCUUUGAACUGUCAUCUUACAGGACACUUAUAAGUACAAUAUUGUAACUUGGUUUAUAAUUGUAAAUACUAACUGAUUAUUAUUUGGUAAUUAUCAUCCAUGUGCUUGCAUUAAAAGGGCAAAAUUGUAAUGACUUGUGAACCCUUCAGUAUAUAUCUAGUUUUAAAUAUUAACAUGCAGACUGAACAAAUUUUAAGACAUUUCUUACUAGCCCAAAAUAUUGUAGAAUAUCUUCUCAAUAUUUUCUGAAAUUUUGAAUGUCAUACAUUAUCAAUAUGAUAUCAGAACAAUAUUGUAAAGCAUCUUGUGCUAUUUGCAUUGCUUUUAUGUUAUUUGCUCUUCUAAUAAAAAGAAAUUGGUUUCGAUAUUUGUAAAGUUUUUUCAUGCAAAUAAAUAGUAUUUCAAAUUUAAUGAAAUUUUAAAUAAGAGAAAAAAAACCUAACUUAUCUCUAUUUUAUCAACUCAAUUUUUCUGCCUUAGUAUUUUUUAUCCAUUUUAUUUAAAUAAAACUCAUUAUAUAAAUAUAUAUUUUUUAAUAAAAAUAUUUAAGUUAUUAAAAACAUCAAUAUUUUACACAUGGUUUCUGUCAUAAAUUUAUAACAAUCGCGUACGAACGAGAUAAAUAAGAUUUUAACUCCCAAGAGAGAGUGAAAAAAAAAAUUAACCAUCUAGUUUUUCCUGCACCUAUUGCUCUAGUCUUUUCCUUUUAAAUCAGCCAUGAAAACAUAGGAAAUAACAGUUGCAGCUUAGAGAAAUGCCUACCAGUCUUCAGCAAGACAGAAAUGAGAGAGUCAAAGAGACCUUAUGUGUGUGCUUGAAGGUUAAGUUCAUAAUCAUUAAUGAAGUUUUUUUAUAAAUUUAUUUUAUUUUCUAGACCUAAAAUAAUAUUAGGUCUAGAAUAAUAGAAUGUUAAAUAGUUUUGAUACUACUUCAUUUUAGUCAAUAGCUAUUUGUGUAAAUAUUUUAAAUUUAAUAAAAACAGAUGUAAAUUCUUAAAUAUUACAAAGGCUGUGAAUUUUGAAAUAAAAUUGUUGUUUUGUUUUUUGUAAGAUAUUUUGAAACGCAUAAUUUACAAUUAAAGAGUAUUUUUUAAGUGUAUUUGUCUAUGCAUUGUAUGUUAAGAAGAGAAUAACAUGUA